AUGGAGAGCAAUAUUUCGAUAGGAUUAUAUUGGUACGUUGAUUGGGUUAAUAAAUAUGCGCAACACCCGCCCCAGACACAGUCCGAUUUGCCAGUACCAACCAGUGUCCUGACUGCGAUCGGUUUAACACCAGCGUGGCGAUGGCAAAUUGCCGAAGGGCCAAGAAUAGCCACUGCCUACCAUCUGUUGUCAUGUCGACCUGCUCGAAUUCUUCUUCCGACAGGUGUUCAGCUUUUCCUCACGUCUUCCGGUCGUACCUGCUCCUUCGCCGUUAUUUUCACGCUUUAUCUGACCUCAUGGGCUCUCUCUUUUUUUUCGCAAGAAAUCUCAAUUUUUUCAAUUCUUUUUUGGUAUAUCGUUCUGUAACUUGAAUAACUUGUUUGAUAAAGAAACACAACAAUUUUUCAAUUCUAAAGAGCUUGAAUUUUUUUCGAAGUCGGAGAAAGAAAAAAACGAUACGAUUUUUGCAGGUUUUUCAAACGGUUUUUUUGCUAUUUUUUUCACAUAUUUUUUUGGAGGGAACAUGAAAAAAAUUUGACUGACCGUCUAUACAAAAGUGCGCUUCAUUCCAAAACGUAUAUUAUUCAUAUUCGGAUUGAAUGAAAAUCAUAUGUCCGAAAUUUUUGAAUUUGAUCUGUAAAGGAAUUUGAUCUGUAAAAUUUGAUCUGUAAACUUUAGAAAAAUUUAUUAAAAAAAUCAAUAAAUCAACGACCUCUUAAAUUUUCUUUUCUCUGAUUAAUUUCUGAAUUAACUGCAAGAAGGCGGCUGUUGAACUCUGUGACAAUUUCUUUUUGAUAGUGCUCUUUUGGGAAAUUUUGAUGAGGAUUGCGUAACACAUUUUCUCAUUUUUUAGUUUGAUAGGGCUACAGUAACCCCUUACUCUUUUUUUUGUAAAGAAUGUUUUCUACAACUCCGAGAGCUUCAAGCUCAAAAAAAAGAGUAUGAAUGUUGUCCCAUAAAAAGUAACGCUUGGAAAGGUAGCGAUUUGCCAUUGGUGGAAGAAGCACGGAAGGUGGUAGGACAAUGGCGCAGAUUAAUUGGGUGGGCCAAGCGCCGUGUAAUGGGCAGCAACCAUGGCGACCAGUCGGUUGCUCUCGCAGAUCAACACUUUUUCGUCUUGUGUACCAUAUUUCCAUCAAUUCGUUCAUUUGUUUCCUUUUCCCUUUAACCGGUCUUCAACCUGAUUUUUUCAGCUUUGCUCUCGAGUCGGUACAAAAUGAAAUCGAAACCUCGAGUCGUGAUCUUUCUUAUAAUUUUAGGAAAGAUUAUUUGUCAACAGCAUCAGAAAGAUGGAUUCGGUACGUUAGUCGUCUCUCUUUCUUCAUCUUCCCUUGAAAAAGAAACUAAGCAAAACCAUAUUAUAAGAGGAGCUUGUGGCGGAUAGUGAGACUGAGGCGAAAUGAUCUGAUGAAAUAAAAAAAUAUUUUUCCAAAGCAACUGACAGGAGAUGAAAUUAUCUUGAAGCUAUAGAGAAGGCUUCCUCGUUGUAUCAUGCUACGAUAUGUCAUCAGAAAGAUAUCUUUUUGAUGCAGAAUUUUCUUUUAUUUCUGUUAACUUUUUGCCUCUGGGUGAGAAAUGAAGAUUUUCCCAUUGUUUGGUGAAGUACUGCUGAAAAAUACUCUCAAAUAUUUUCAAUAUAGUUCUUUUUUCGUUCCAAAUUAACGAAGAACUGAUUGGAAAUGGCUAGGCAGUUCUGAUUAGUGUUAAAAAAAGUUGACAAUUAGAGAAGCUUUCCACGAAUAAAUUUUGAAAUUUGAGCUCAGCUCUUAUUGUUCUGAGUCACUAUAAACUUCCAAAAGGCUUUUAUGUGAUCCAUUUAUAAUUUAACCAUCCUUGUUUCAGUGGAAGAAGUUUCUUGCUCCUCGGACAAUCUUGUUGUCAUCAUUAACAGUACAGAUCCAGACGUCGUCAAAUGGAUUGCAGAUCCAAAAUCUCAACCUGUGGUAAACUUUGAUCAGUAGGACUUCUGAGAAAAACUUUCUUCAGGUUUACGUUUAUGGUCAUAAAACCAGACAUCCUUGUGGGACAUCAAUGAAAAACGAGAAAGGUUUGACGAACUACAACCUCACCAUUCCAUUCGGCAAAGAGUGUGAUGUACCUUUGAUUGACUUGGUGAGUUUUGAAGGUACCAACUUAAAUAAUUUUCAAAAGCUGCGCUUGAAAUAAAGUUUUUUUUAGCAACCUGACCAUCAAACCGCUGAAACGACCAUCGCUCUGGAAGACAACGCGGACCUUUCCUAUUUUAAAACAGUGCGGUUGAACCAUGUUUUCUGUCUUUACACAAGAAACGUUCAAACUAUGCGGUUCAACGACGUGUCAAAGUGAGUUGUUGAAGAUUUUUCAUUUUUUUUUUCAUUUUCCCAGCCUUUCUGUUUUUCAAUUGUUCCAAUAUGAGAACGAAAAAGUUCAUAAUGGUAUUGUCAACUAUUAGAGCAAUUUUUUUUCUUUUCUGUUGCCAAACUUAUAAAUGAGUUUUCAGGAAGAAAUAGUUCAAUAGAUACCCUAUAAUUUUUUUUCCUAUAUUAUAAAAGAAAAUACUUUUCGACAUUAUUGAAGUUUUUUCUUUGACAUAUUCCGAUGGUUUCAGUGGCCAUGAAGUUAUGGCGUCCACAGGAGGAAAACCAAAACCGAAGGUCGAAAUGGUUUUCCGGAGUGUUGAUGGGAAGUCCUUAAGAGCAGCCAAAGUAGGCGAAACCGUCGAACUUUUCCUAGCGCUUUGGCCAGAUGGUUUACCGAUCUUUUUGGUUGAUUUUCACACAUUUUUGAACUUUCAGCCGCCUAUCAUGGGAUUAAGCCGAAGGAAUGUGUGUUCAGCGAUAGAGAAGAUAUUAAUUCUCCAGAUGCUAGACGAUUGACUUUCGUACAAAGCGGGUAUGUUACUAAACUUUUGUCUUCAAACUCAGUAAUUUAUUUGAGUUCAGAUGUCCUUUCGAGGGUUUCGGAGACAUUAUUGAUCCUCUGGCUAAUGUCAAUGACCAGGUCAUUGUUAAACUCAAUGAAUAUUAAAAUCGUUUUUUUACAGGUAUACUUUUCGAAGUUCAAAACUUUUCGGUUCAGUGAGCAAAGUACAGUUUUUGUUCAUUGCAUCGUGCAAGUUUGUUUGCGGAAAGAGGAAUGCUCGGAGGUUGGUGAAAUUUCAACUUUGUAGCUCAUUCCCUUCUAAUAUGAACUUUUUCCAGUACUUUCAUGUUUUUCAGAAUUGCUACAAAAAAGUGACCAACUCGUCCCUGAACGCCGACCGACUGCGGUUCCGCCAUCGGAGAUCUCCCAAAGAACAAAUGGCCCUAGAUCCGACGAGCGAACUCACCUUGAGUAACACGCUAACGAUCCUCGACGAAAACACGCCAUGUAAACCAGACCCUCAUUUUCGCUCGUCAAAACCGCAAUUUCAGCGACGUCAUCCUCCUUGGCACGCGCCCAAGAGACUGAGCCGUGCCGGAGCGAAAGUGGCGCGUUUUCUAAAGAAGCCCUUCUGAUCAUCGGAAUCACUUUGGCCCUUCUGGUGGCGUCGACGUGUGCUACCAUUUACUUGGCCAACAGACUGCGUCAAGCUUCCAAGGUUGAAGAAUCCGGGAAAGAAAGAAAAAACCUGGGGUUAUUGCAGGACUCGUUCGACGUAAUGUCAGCCUACUCAAAUUCAACGGCGACAAUGAGUGUGCCCAUCUCAUAUGCGAUGCAGAGGACUCCGUACGGGUCGAAUUCAAUGGAACACUACCGAUGA